CGGGAUAUAAGCCAACGGUAAGUAUUGGUUGUCUUUUUACGGUUUCUGCGGUCAGCUCGCCCUGAAAAGACUGAACUGGCUGCUUGAUUACUUGAUAGCCCGGACUUCCUUCACCGGAAGGCGUGCACUUAACUGAAGUAAUGGAUGGCAGUGGAACUCAUUGCCUCUGUCCCUGUUUUCCCGUUCUGCUUGCUCUUUUAACCGCACCCAUCUAUCUAGUAGAAUAUAUAAACACAUUUUACAAACCCCUGCCCUCUCAAUCUCACCAAGGCCAGCAUUGAGAAAGAGAAAUGAAGGGAACUCUCUGCUUAUCAAUAAUUUUCAUCGCUCUCUUCUUCUCUGCAGACGCUAAUGGCUUCUAUGGCGGCGGCGGCGGCGAUUGUGUAUACGCACUCUACGUAAAGACUGGAUCAAUAAUGAAGGCAGGAACAGACUCAAAAAUCAGCCUGACACUAGGAGACGCACAAGGCCGAUCAGUAUGGGUUCCAGACCUUCAAUCAUGGGGUUUAAUGGAGCCCAAACACGACUACUACGAGCGUGCUAACCUUGACAUCUUUAGUGGCCGCGGUCCGUGCAUCAGUGCACCCAUAUGCCGCCUAAACUUGACCUCUGAUGGCCAAGGGUCUCACCAUGGCUGGUACUGUGACUACGUGGAAGUCACCUCCACAGGACCACACAAGGAGUGUAGCCAGACUAUCUUUUAUGUUGAUCAAUGGCUGGCUGCUGAUGUUCCACCCUUUAAGCUAACCGCCUUGCUUGAUGGAUGCAGAAUCGGGGAUGAUGCCUUGAAGAAGGGAAAAAAUGGGAAGUUUGCUGUGGAGAAUGUUAGAGGAUCUGCUUUUUCUUGAGAUCAGUAGGAGAGCAAUCCAGUCUACAAAACUGGAUUCCUUGUAGGUCUUCGAUGAGUUGGAAGACCAAAUUAUGCCCCACUUUGAUUAACAAGAAUAAUUAGAAUUCCUCGGUUAGUAUCCCUAAAACACCCUAAAGGGUUUCUGUUAUCAUCAGCAACAAUGAGGAGCAAAACACGAGUUAUGGAAAUGUAAUCUGUUCAUAGUCACAUGAAUAUUGGAAGAGAAGAACUGCCAAGUAUGGCGGCCACCAAAAAAAUAGUCUGCUAAGUGUUAACAAAGUCAAUAAUUCAUAGAAAAGAGAAAGUCAAGAGAAACGCUUCUGGAUCACUGCAUCCAGUCUAAUUACUGGACAUUUGUUCUUCUUUGAGAGGCACACUUCUGGAUAUUGAAAGAAUGCUAGCUCCAACAAUUGCGGGGGUCUCUGCGUGCUUGACCUCACAGGGUGUGAAUUAGCAUUGAUUUUCUCUUAUGUCAA